AUGGGAAGCGCGUUGGAGACGCUAUGCGGGCAGGCGUACGGGGCCGGGCAGCUGGAUAUGAUGGGAGUGUACAUGCAAAGAUCGUGGGUCAUCCUUCUUUCAACGGCCGUGAUUCUAACUCCGGUUUACAUAUUUUCGGCGCCGCUUCUGAAGCUGAUUGGACAGACGGCGGAGAUAUCGGAGGCGGCCGGAGUGCUGUCGAUAUGGAUGAUCCCUCAGCUUUAUGCGUACGCGCUGAACUUUCCCGUCUCCAAAUUUCUGCAGGCUCAGAGCAAAAUGAUGGCGAUGUCAGUGAUAGCGGCUGUGGCUUUGGUACUGCACACGUUCUUUACUUGGCUGCUGAUGCUGAAGUUGAAGUGGGGACUGGCGGGGGUGCUGAACCUGUCGUGGUGGGUCAUUGUGGUGGCUAAGAUUGUUUACGCACUAAGUGGGAGCUGUGGGCGAGCCUGGUCCGGUUUCUCGUCCAAAGCCUUUCAGAAUCUUUGGGGUUUUGGCAAACUAUCUCUUGCUUCAGCUGUCAUGCUCUGUUUAGAGAUAUGGUAUUAUGUGGCUCUCAUACUAUUUGCGGGAUAUCUAAAGAAUGCAAAUGUUUCCAUCGAUGCCCUUUCUAUAUGUGUGAACAUCUUAGGAUGGACGGUGAUGAUCUCCGUUGGAAAAAAUGCAGCGAUAAGCGUUCGAGUGUCGAAUGAAUUGGGCGCAGCACAUCCAAGAACAGCAAGAUUUUCAGUGGUAGUGGCUGUAAUAUCGUCAUUAGUUCUUGGUCUGAUUCUGGCGGCUAUUCUGAUUAUCACCAAGAACAGUUAUCCAUUCUUAUUUACGAACGAUUCAGCUGUGAGACACAUUGUGAAGAACCUUACUCCUUUGCUUGGUUUCUGCAUCAUCAUCAACAAUGUGCAGCCUGUUUUAUCCGGUUUUGCUUCUAUUUUUAUUCGUGACUAA